AUGAGAAAUGCUAUUCCUGCAAGAGCAAAGCUGGAAGUUGCUUUAAGGUAUUUGGCUGCUAGUGACAGUUACCAGUCUAUUUCAUUACUGUUCCGUAUUCCGGCUUGCACGAUUUCAAGAUUUAUGCCAGAAGUGCUAGAAGCUAUUACAACUGCACUUAGUGAUUACAUGAAGGCAGCCAUCUCGUCGAUCUCCACUGAUGAAGUGGAUGAAGGCCGGGUCUUGUCAGUUCCACAAACUCAGGAGGAGUGGGUCAAGAUUCAGAAAAACUUUGAAACUAAAUGGAAUUUCCCUUCAUGUUGUGGUGCCAUUGAUGGUAAACAUGUUGCCAUUAAACGUCCACCGGGAAGUUGUUCUGAAUUUUUUAACUAUAAAGGAGGUUAUAGUGUAAUUCUUUUGGCACUGGUUGACGCUGACUGCAAAUUUAUGUACAUCGAUGUGGGAAGCAAUGGAAGAGCCAAUGACGGUAAUGUUUUCAGAUUAUCUACUCUGAAGUCAGCGAUGGACAACAAUCAGUUAGAUUUUCCAAAUGAUUACAUUAUUGUGGCUGAUGACGCCUUUCCCUUGUCUCCAAACAUGAUGAAGCCAUUUUCAAGAAGAAACCUAGAUUUAAAGGAACGUAUCUUUAACUACCGCUUGUCGAGAGCACGCAGAGUAGUCGAGAAUGCCUUUGGCAUUUUGGCUGCAAGAUUUCGAAUCUUUGGAAAGGAGAUUGAAGUCGAUUUACCCACUGUAGAUCUAAUCGUAAAAUGUGCGUGUACUAUCCAUAACUGGCUACGGACAACAUCACCUGGAACAUACUUUGAAAGAGGUUGGGUCGACUACGAAGACAUAGAGACAGGAAUCUGUCACCCUGGUCAGUGGCGGACAAUAGGAGUCGAGCUUCCUUCAAUAACAGGAGGUCGGAAAACAAACUCGUAUUCAAAGAGAGCUUCGGAUAUAAGAAAAAAAUUGGCCGAUUACUUCAGUGCAGAAGGGCAAGUUUCUUGGCAACUGAAAGCUAUUGGCAUGUGA